AUGUCCGACUCCCAGUCUCCCCCCAAGGAUGUCGAGGCUGGCGCACAGUCUCCAAACGACGAAGAAGGCAACAUGAACGACCAGGACCCACAAGGUGGCCUUGGAUCCUAUGAGUAUGAAGGUGUAAAAGAGCAGGAUCGAUGGCUUCCCAUCGCCAAUGCCGUGCAUACUCGAUAUAUUAUGCCACAGAAUACGUUUCAAUCGUCCCAAGGGUCACUGCGCGGCCCCAAGGCUGACAAGAACGACGAACUCGAUGCUAACAUUCGUAACUUUGCUCCAGUGGCCCGAAUCAUGAAGAACGCGCUGCCUGACAACGCCAAAAUCGCAAAAGAGGCCAAGGAGUGCAUGCAGGAAUGCGUCAGCGAAUUCAUAUCCUUCAUCACCAGCGAGGCCUCGGAGAAGUGCCAGCAAGAGAAGCGUAAAACGGUCAACGGCGAAGACAUCUUAUUCGCCAUGACCUCGUUGGGCUUUGAGAACUACUCGGAAGCCCUCAAGGUGUACUUGUCUAAAUACAGGGAGCAACAAGCCCAGGGCAACCGAGAGCGGGUGAUGGAGAAUGCUGGCUGGGCGACAGGGAUGCCUCUCGAUGCUACUAAAGUUGGCGAUGGUGCUGGCGAUUUUGCGGCGGCCGACAAUGCUAACAAUGUCGAAGGCGGUGCCGAUGUCAACUAUAUGUACGGCGCUCCGCCACCGGGACACAAUGGGGCUGGUGGUGAUGGGUACUAG